CUCCGUCGGCCUUUUCUGACUGGCGUCUAAAAUCUGUCAGAUCAGCGGACGGUCCUCACCGCUAAUACCUUAGCUCGUUUUACCACACUAAUUCACUUGACUUAGCGUCGAAUACUUGUGGAAUCGGUUUCAAUUGUUGAUUUUCGUCGCUCGGAGCUGAAGGAAAGAGUAAAUAAUGACGAGCAGCUCUAAGCGGAAAGAAGAAAGUCAUUUCGCGAACGGGGGUGUAAAACAGUCCACAUGGAGCAAAGCGUUGAACAGUAAUGCACUUUGGGACGAGAAGGAUGAGUUUUUAGAUGUCAUUUACUGGCUACGGCAACUCAUUGCAGUGAUCCUUGGUGUAAUUUGGGGUGUCGCCCCACUGAAAGGAUUUCUGGGAAUCGCCAUAUUCUGCAUCAUCAAUGCUGGCGUCCUGUAUGUAUACUUCAGCAGCUUUCAGCAGAUCGACGAGGAAGAGUAUGGCGGAACGUGGGAGCUCACCAAAGAAGGCUUCAUGACAUCUUUUGCUCUUUUUCUGGUGGUGUGGAUAAUCUUUUACACAGCCCUACAUUUCGACUGAAAGGAUUCCACAGGACACUUUAUACGAACAUUUGUGUCGGUGGUCAAGGCGCACAACAUCCAUGGCUGGGAGGUGCUGGUAUACAGUCUGACUGCUCAGCGUGCACUGCAUCAUCUGAAUAGUUUUUUGAGGAUGGACAUGAUUAAAUCGGUUAUUGAUCGGUUCCGCUUUUAAAGGGGCUCCAGGUUUCCAUUUGUCUUUCUGGUUUUCUCACACAGAUGUCAUUGUGUCUGACAACGACUGAACAACACUUAAGUCAAUGGGGAUUGGUUGUUUCCAUGGUGUGACUGAAAUGAGUCGACAUGAAAUGGGAUACAUACAGUAUGCAUUCACCACUUGCUACUGAGUCCUUUAUCUUAACUCAGAUUUGCUCUGAAUUUCUUUAAAACAAUUGGAUGCAUCAGUAUUUGUCCAGGGUCUGUCCAUAUGAAUCGAGCACAACAGUCACGUCUGUUUCAAAGUGGAUGCGUUUCUUUUGAUUCUUCUGAAGCGCAUGACAAACUAGUGUAUGCUAAAUGUGGUUUGCAGUCUGUGUUCUCCAAUACUCCUGAAGCCAAAGGGAGGAAAGACUGUUGACAGAUGUAAGAUGAAUAUCUAAUUGUCUCAUGUAUGAUUAUGACUAGUUGUGAGCGUAGAUUUGUUUCUUCACAUGUAGCUCCCUGAUCAGAGUUUUACCUCUAGUUUGAAGCUAACUUAGGCCGUUGUGUAAUUUCUCCAUUAUGAACACGUCGACGACAUUGACAUGCUCACAGUAUGUACCUCUGUUAUGUCUGGCCUGAUGUCACAUCCUGCUCAGUAUUUUCUAGUAGAGGACUUGGGUUCUCAGUUCUUGCAAAGUUAUUGAUACCGUCAGCCUGGUGUUUGAAAGGAUUGUAUUUUCUGAUCAAGUCUUUUUGGGAAUCAAUAAACAUGGGCUUCAUUUGGCCUUCAUUUUCAA